UGUUAAUCAAGAGGGAUAAACUAACUUACUUGCUAACUGUCCCGGUAGCGAUACGUCGAAAAUGGAGCGCUUUGUUUCAUCUGUGACACGCCUCACAGCAGAGCUUGUGCAGAAUCAGCAAACAAAUUCCAGCGAGGUGAUUGACAUGAUCUUCUCUGAAGUGUCAGCUCUCAAGGAUGAUGUGAAAAUUGUGGAUCUACAGCUUGAAGAGUGUGCCAUCCAAUUGUGGAACUGGGCUGUUACUAAGAAUGUGGGUGACUCCAUCAGUAUAAGUCAUAAAGCUAAAGCACGCCAUGCUGCUUGCAGUCUGCUGUACUGUAGUGAGCCUGUUAAUCUAACAGAGGGCGCCAUCCGCAAGAAGAUUAUGAUGGCCAGUAGAACUGGAAGGACCUGGCUGGACUGCAGGAAUCCCCAGAUUGCGGAUAAUUUCCUCAGGCUCGCUGUCAAGAGCCUGGAAACUCUGUACAACCAGCUGACAUCCAGAGGCCACGACACACUGGACAUCGACUCAUCAAAAAUGGAUGUAGAGAAAGACCUGCUCCGGAUUCUCUCCUUUCAGGCAGAAUCGGCUAUUAUUCAAGGGAGAAACCAAGAGGCUGUGGCCCAUGUGCAACGUUGCAAAGAUAUGCUGCAGCGGCUACCGACGCAAACAACCUUCUUGUCCCUAAAGUGCUACAACUUCGGAAUCGACACUUACCACCAUCAGCAAUUUGAAGAGAGCACCUUCUGGUUACGGGAGAGCUAUGAUAUCAGCAAGAUUCAUGUGGAAUAUGCCCCUGAAUUGAAGGUCCAGGCAAAGGUUUUGCGUCUCCUGGCCACUGCUUAUUUCGAGUGGGAUUCUAAGAGGUUUCACAAAGAGGCCCUUAGUGCUGUUGACAUGGCCAACAAGAAAUGUGUGAGCGCCACUGGGCUGUACUUGAAGUUCAGAAUACUCCUGAUAUGUGGGGCCUCUGAUGAAAGCAUCAGAGCAGGUCUGGAUGAGAUGCUGAAAUCUCAGGUUUCCCUUGACGUUUGUCUGAGUACAGUGAAGCUUCUCAUGUCUGAAGACAGAGAAGUGCCGGCAUUUGAGCUUUUGAAACGUGCAAGUCAGCACUUUCAGUCAUCACCCGACCUGGGAACCGCUCUUGUUCUGCACAUUGAGCUCCUGCUGAAGAGAGGCAAAGAGCUGCUGGGCAAGCAGAAGAUAGAGGACGUCAUCACUGUACAUUACACUGGCAAACAGCUGGCACCGCAGGACCUCACAACCCUCCAUGCCAUGUUGUGGGAUAAAGCAUCUCAAUAUGUUGAGGCAACAGACUACUCUGAGGCGCUGCAUUGGUACAACUACUCUCUGAGGUUCUUUAAGGCCGGAGAGAUAGACUCCAACUUGGCCAAACUGCAGAGAAACAGAAGUUCCUGCUUCAUGCACCUGAAGCAGCUGGAAAAGGCCAAAGAAGCUAUUAACGAGGCAGAGCGCUGCGAUCCUGACAGCAUUUUCACACAUUUCAGUGUUUACAAGAUAGCGGUAUAUGAGAAUGAUGUGGAGAGAGCUGCAAAGGCAGUGAACAUGAUGGCACAUCUGUCUAAGGGUCUCGAAGCCACUGGGCCUGUGUCUGAGAAGGCCACCUCCAACCUCCUCUGCCUAGCCGCUCAGAUCGCCUUGGAGAACAAACAGCAGGACAUGGCCAUUAAGUUACUGGAAGGUUUGUGUGAAACCAGCAAAGACGAAGCUUUGGUUCUCAUGGCUCUCAGGUGCCUGGUUCGACUCAUGCUCCCCACCAUAGAAACAUCCACUGAUGAGAAAAGGUACAUACAUCUGGAUGUGCUGCUGCCUUAUUUAAAGAUGGCGCUGAAGAAGCUUUCACAGUGGCUGUGCUUGACAGUGGAGCAGUGCACGGAGGAAGCCAACUGGUUCAGGAAGAUCGCUUGGAACUCAGCACUACUGUGUGAGAGGAACCCUGACAGAAUGCGGGAUUUCUUUGUGCUCUCUUACCAGCUGUCCCAGAUGUGUCGUCCUGAUCGCACCAUUCUUAUGGCCCAGAAGACGUGUCUGCUCAUGGCCGUGGCCGCUGCUCUCGAGUUCUGCCGAUCCUCUCCUUCAGUCGACCGUACAAAGGAUCUCAGUCAGGCUCUGGAGCACAUUGCGUUAUGUGCAGAGUUGUGGAAAACCCUAAAGGCAACAGGAAGCUUCCCGAAGGACCCAACAGACACGCUGCUGCUGCUCUACGAGUUUGCGGCACGCGCCCAACUCAACGACCCCAAGGUGACGAGCGUGCUGGAGUCCAUCCUGGAGCAGGACAACGUGGAGGCCAAAGUGCUGGAGACCAUCGCUGGAUUAGCCACAGAGCCUCCAGCUCAUUUCCCUCUGCUAAGCAAGAAGGCCCUGAGGGUGGCGCUGUCCGUGCACAAGAAACAACCACAGGUGGACCUGGUGCAGUACAGCAAGUGCAUCCACAGCCUCAUCAAGCUCUCCCUGCCCAACGGCGCGUCCCACAUGGAGGCGCACCUGCUGCACGAGGCGUGGGACUACUAUGACGAGGCGCUGGCCGUCAUCGCCGCUGCUCCGGACAGCCUCCCGGAGAUGCAGAUCCUGUGGCUGCUGACCCGUGCCUGGAACACGGGCAUCCUGCUGUACAGCCUGGCGCGCUACGUGGAGGCGGAGAAGUGGUGCAGCCUCGCCAUGAGCUUCGUGCGCCACCUGGGACCCCUGCAAGAAAGCUACAAGACGCAGAUGUCCAAUCUCUACAGCAAAAUCCUGGAUCGUCUGGAUAGAGCAAAGAGCAACACCUCAAUAAAGGAAGAAUAAGCACACCGGGGGGCAGAUUGAUUUUCAUGUCCGUAAUGUAUGCCGCCUAUUCAGAAUUUAGU